AUGUCAACUCUUCAGCAGUUUACCGACUACGUGUACCGGUUUCCAGAAUGCCAGACUUGCGAAGACACCUUACAGGCUCUCAAAGUGGAGGUGCACCGCAUUGUGCCAAAUGAACUCGAGUUUGACAUCAUAGGCUUGAAGCCUUACGUCGUGAAUGCCAUCCGGCAAACAAUUCUGAACGAUAUUCCCACAAUGGCCAUCGAAGAUGUGUACUUUCACAAAAACACUAGCAUGUUCAACAGCGAUUACAUCUCUCAACGCCUCGCUUUGAUACCAAUUAAAGCGGAUCCUAAUGAUUUCAAGUUUGUCCAAAGUGGCGAUACAUCAAAACUCAACUCAGACAAUUCAAUUGUCUUCAACAUGACAGAAUCUAAUUCAGGAAAAGAUGUUAUCAAAGUCUACACAGAAAGUUUAGUAUGGGAGCCAGUUGGUGAAAAACAAAGCCAGCUUGAGCCUAUUAAGCCGCUGUUUGACAAAAUUCCUUUACUUUGCUUGAAACCAACCGAAGAGAUUUCGUGUCGCGUAUUCUGCAUCAAGGGAUUAGGUCGCAAUCAUAUGAAGUUCAGUCCUGGUUUUGCUCGAUACUGCUUUCUAUCACAGAUUGACCUGACCGGAUGCGCCAACUUCUCCAAUGAUAUGGCUUUAAAAUUGCAAGCAUCAUUUCCACCCGGUGUGAUCAAGCUCAACCAAAUGCCUGGUGGUAAACUAGUGCCUACUGUUGAUAAUGCUCGCAUGGACCGCCACUCGAGAUCAUUCCGAAAUUUCGAAGAUAUAGAAAAGAAUAUUUCUGUCAAAUACUACCGAGAUCAUAUGAUUUUUACAGUCGAAUCCUAUGGCGUAAUUGAGCCCGAAAAGAUGGUCAUUAGUGCAUUAAGCAUUCUCAAGUACAAGUACAUUUUGUGGAGAAACCACAUUACAAAUGUUAAGAAUGCUGCAAUAAAGAAAGCGUAA